UGGGAGGGAGAGAGACCGAGAGGCAGACUGGACAGUGCUGUGCAGAAGGAGCUCGCUGCAGUUACGCAGAAGGCUGCCAUAGCUGCUGCUUUUCACUGAAAUGUGCAUCAAACGUGGGUUGUUUCCAGAUUCACAGAGGAGUAGUGCUGCUGCUGCUGCUGCUGCUGCUGCUGCUGCUGCUGGAGAGGAGUGGUCGGGCGCGGAGAGCAUUAUGCGCUUCUAGGUCGACGUCGCCUUGAACGCAGCGCAACCACAGAGAGAGAGAGAGAGGGAGAGGGAGGGAGGGAGAGACCACAAAGUGCGUUUUGAGUUGAGCGAACGCGGGCGAUGGUUGGCGUCUGAUUGUUGCUCAACUAUCCGGAGAGGACUGCGGACAGGGGAGAUCGCUGCAUUGUGCCCGAACGGAGACGCCGAUUCUUCCUGCCCCGAGGAUUCUUUUCUUUUCUUUUUUUUUUUUUUUUGCACAACGCGCUCUGCUCCCGAAAAUGUCAUCUCAGGGGAAAGUCAAGAAGGACAAAGAGAUUAUUGCCGAAUAUGAGACCCAAGUGAAAGAGAUCCGUAACCAGCUGGUGGAGCAGUUCCGUUGUCUGGAGCAGCAGUCCGAAUCCCGGCUGCAGCUGCUGCAGGACCUGCAGGAGUUCUUCCGCCGGAAGGCCGAGCUCCAGCUCGAGUACUCCAGAGGCCUGGACAAGCUGGCCGAGCGCUACUCCUCCAAGAUCCGCACCUCCAGAGAGCACCAGCACUUCAAAAAAGACCAGAAUCUCGUGUCCACCGUGAACUGCUGGUAUUUGGUGUUGGAGCAGACCAGACGCGAGAGCCGAGACCACGCCACUCUCAGCGACAUCUACAACAACAACGUCAUUGUCCGCCUGGCGCACGUGGGCGAGGAUGUCAUCAGACUUUUCAAAAAGAGCAAAGACAUCGGGGUGCAGAUGCAUGAGGAGUUGGUGAAAGUCACCAAUGAGCUCUACACUGUGAUGAAGACGUACCACAUGUACCACACUGAGAGCAUCAGUGCUGAGAGCAAGCUGAAGGACGCAGAGAAACAGGAAGAGAAGCACAUCGGCAAGGCCAACGACAUUGGCUCCAGCCUGUUGCGGUACGGUCACGAUGAGCGUCCACAGCGACGGAGCUCUGUCAAGAAGAUGGAGAAGAUGAAGGAGAAGAGACAAGCCAAGUACUCUGAAAACAAGCUCAAGUGCACGAAGGCCCGGAACGACUAUCUUCUCAAUCUGGCAGCUACCAAUGCCCUGGUGGCCAAAUACUACAUCCAUGAUGUCUCAGAUAUGAUAGAUUGUUGCGACUUAGGUUAUCACGCAAGCCUGGCGCGCACCUUGAGAACGUAUCUGUCUGCAGAGUACAGCCUGGAGACUUCGCGUCACGAGGGACUGGACCUGCUGGAGGGAGCGGUCGACGCCAUGGACAUCAGAGGAGACAAGCUCAGGUUUAUGGACACGCACAGCCAGAUCUUCUGUCCUCCAGCGUGCUUUGACUAUCAGCCACACAUGGGGGACGAGGUGUGUCAGGUGAGUGCACAGCAGCCUGUCCAGACAGAGCUCUUGAUGCGCCACCACCAGCUGCAGUCUCGCCUGGCCACGCUGAAGAUAGAGAAUGAAGAGGUGAGGAAGACCCUCGACGCGACCAUGCAGACCCUCCAGGACAUGCUCACAGUGGAGGACUUCGAUGUGUCAGAGGCCUUCCAGCACAGCCAAUCCACAGAGUCGGUCAAAUCCGCUUCCUCUGACUCCUACAUGAGCAAGGCAAACAUCAGUAAGAGACGAGCCAAUCAGCAGGAGACUGAGGGCUUCUACUUCACUAAAUACAAAGAGUACUUGAACGGCAGCAAUCUCAUUGUGAAACUGCAGGCAAAGCAUGACCUUCUGAAGCAGACGCUAGGAGAAGGGGAGAGGGCUGAAUAUGGGACAACAAGGCCCCCCACUCUUCCCCCUAAACCCCAGAGAAUGCGGAAGUCUAGACCUCGCUCCAUUUUUAACCGUAAGCUGUUUAACGGCAAUAUGGAGGCCUUCAUUCAGGACUCAGGGCAGCCUAUACCAGUGGUGGUUGAGAGCUGCGUUCGAUACAUCAAUCUGUAUGGUCUUCAGCAGCAAGGUAUAUUUCGAGUUCCAGGCUCCCAGGUCGAAGUCAACGAUAUUAAGAAUGCAUUUGAAAGAGGAGAGGAUCCGCUGGUGGAUGAUCAGAGCGAUCAUGACAUCAACUCUGUGGCGGGCGUUCUCAAGCUCUACUUCAGGGGGCUGGAAAACCCGCUGUUCCCCAAGGAGCGUUUCCUCGACCUCAUAUCCACGACCAAGCUUGACUCAGGGGCAGAACGAGCUCAUCACCUUCAGCAGAUUAUUGUGACCCUUCAGCGGCCUGUGAUCAUCGUCAUGAGAUACCUGUUUGCGUUUCUGAAUCAUCUUUCUCAGUACAGUGACGAGAACAUGAUGGACCCCUACAACCUAGCGAUCUGCUUUGGGCCGACACUGAUGCCAAUACCAGAUGACCAGGACCCCGUGUCUUGCCAGGCGCAUGUUAACGAGGUCAUUAAGACCAUUAUCAUCCACCACGAGGCCAUCUACCCGACCCAGCGUGAGUUGGACGGACCGGUGUACGAAAAGUGCAUGGCCGGUGGGGAGGAGUACUGUGAAAGCCCCCACAGUGAGCCAGGAGCUCUGGACGAGGUAGACAAUGGUACUGGACCAAACACUAGCGAUGAAGAGCUGGAGCAGAUCGAGGCCAUCGCAAAGUUUGACUAUGUGGGCCGAAGUCCUCGAGAGCUUUCUUUCAAGAAGGGAGCGUCUUUGUUACUCUACCUGCGAGCAUCUGAGGACUGGUGGGAGGGUCGACACAACGGUGUGGAUGGGCUGAUUCCACAUCAGUAUAUUGUGGUACAGGACAUGGAUGAUGCGUUCUCAGAUAGCCUUCAGAGGAGCGACAGUGGAGCCAGCAGUGGACCACACCACGACGAAAGAGCCCCGUCCAGAAAUGAACAUCAGUCUCCUAGUGAACACACCCCUGAGCACCGCUAUGGAGCGGCAUUGGGAAGGGUGAGAGUGCGAUCAGAUGGAGCCGCAGUUCCGCGCCACAGGAACGGCGCUGAUAGUCACAGCCCCAGCAGACUUCCAGAUCAGCCCCCGAGGGUGAUGCCUCGGCCCUGCAGCCCACACAAAAUAGCAGUUACACGGGGCCCAGCAGACAGUCCAGAGAAACGGCGUCUCACUACUUUCGGCAGCGCCGGCUGCAUCAACCACCCAGACAGAAAGGCCUUCAUCGACAGCCACUCUCAGCGGUCUUCACCCAGCACCACUCGGCACGCAAGUUUAGGAGAUCACAAAACCCUCGAGGCUGAAGCACUUGCUGAGGAUAUAGAGAAAACCAUGAAUACAGCUCUCCAUGAGUUGCGUGAGCUGGAGCGGCAGAAUGUAGCCAAGCACGCGCCCGAUGUUGUUUUGGACACGCUGGAGCCCCUCAAACACAGCGGUGGGGCCCAGGAUCCGCCCGGCAGCCCUCUCCACACCAUGGUGAUCAGGGAUCCAGAUGCAGCCCAGCGACGUACCAGCAGCAGCUCCACCUCCGAGACCAUGACCACUUUCAAACCCGCUCUGUCGACCCGCAGACCAAGCGCACCUCUGAGGCCGCCACCUGUCAGACCCGUCCGGCCUGCUCCGGUGAUCGGACAGGGCCACGGACCACACCGCUCCAGCAGCUCUAGUUCCUCCGGUCUUGGCAGCCCAAGCAUCACACCCACCGACAGGGUCUUUCCCAAACCUCCCUCCCCAUCACCAUCCACCUCCUCCUCAUCCUCAGACAAACAAGGUAACAUGUAGCUCCAGUCAGUCACAAGUCAAGCGGUUGAAGGACAUUGUGGAUACCGAGUGAUUGUGAUUACAUCAGUCUAUGAUGAAUAUUUACCACUAAUCAUGUAUAGUGUAGGACAGCUACUGCUGGUUUCUGACAACUUUGUGCCCACAUUGACUUGCUGGUGGACAGGUUAAUGUACUGUAUUACAAUAUUACACAGAAAUAGGAUUUAAAUUUAUGAGAAUGAUUUUAUACCAUGCUGAAUAGCCAUGCUGGAUUUGAAAAGAAAAAAAAGGGAUGCACUGGAAAAUACUUCUGUUUACUGAAAACUCUGACAACGAAGCAUUUCAUGUAAUUAGGUUAGUGAAAUGCUGUGAGCUUGGACUUUCUAUCUGGUUUCAUUCUGCAUUAUGAGGGAACACUUAAGGGAAUACUAUAAUUCACCACUAAUUAUCUAGAUAUCCAGUCGCUGCUGGCGGUCUAUAUAGUCUGUAAAACCAAAAUUCUUUGGCAACCAUUUAUAUUGACAGACGUUUUAUUGGAGAGCCUUUCCCAAAGUGCCAGCAUGGAUGAGCGAGCGUAAGGACUGUGUCUGAAAUCACUCACCAUUUGUCCGUUUAGGAACUGUCCGCCAUUUUAUACGAGUGCCUGUAUUCUGAGUGGGAAUAUUUACAACUAGGUUACUCCCUCAAAAACUGAGUUGAAAAAAGAUAGCAGAAAAUGACAGCUGCGUGACAACCCGAUUGUCACAAUAAAUGUUGGCAUUGUACAUUUCUGCAAACCACCAUAUUUUGCUCCUUUGUUUCUUUAGGUUAAAUAAAAAAAUUUCCAUUGUGCUUAUGAUCAAGUUAGGUUUAGGCACAAACAUCACUUGGCUAGGGUUAGGAAAAGAUGAUGUUUUGGCUCAAAAUACCGGCUUUUGUUGCAGCAUUCAUGGCUGGAGAUGUCAAGACGUCUCCUUAAUAGGCCUGGGCUGUAGUCUGUCAUGAUAGUGUGUUGUUGACAAGUAGUGUUGAUGGCUUUUCACAUAACUGCACCAUCUCAUGAUAUUAAAGUCAGGUCAAAUAUAUGUGAUGUGAACCUGACACAACACAGAUUUCAUAAAUGUCAAUAUGGUACGUAGCCCGUGACGUGUACAAAUAUGAAUAUCAGUGGUUUGCAGAAACGUUAACUACCUAAUCUAUAUUAGUCUGUAAGUGAUUUCAGACGCAGGCCGUCGGCUGAGCAUUAAAACCAGGCUGGGAUCGCAUUAAGUUGCAGUUCUUCUAGUGACCACUAGAUGAUGGUUACAUAUACAUAAGAAAUUACAUAUGUAGUAGAAACUCUAUUUUGAAAAUAUGUUAUUAUUGUAGACAGCAGUGCUUUCUACACCCUCAUGCUGGUAAACAUGUUCACACACAUGCUCAUACGAAGAAAAAUAAGAACUUCUAAAUCUCCCGGUAAAGUUCACAGCAGUACAGUGUUUUUGUUUCGUUGGGAUUGGUCAGCAACAAAUACUCCCGGCAGCUCUGUCAUCACGACAUCUGGCAGUGGUGGCAUCACUGGCUAAAAGGUAGCAGUGCAGCAACACAAUCAGAAACAACCGGAGACUGUGCCUCUCUCUGUUGCAUUUCCUUAGCAGACAACCAGAACUGUUACAAACCCACUGUGACUCCCAUCUGAUAAAUUCAGAGCGUUUUACUGCCUUGCCAAUACUGACAAGCUGUCCCCCCAAAAAAUGCACUUCUCAAGCUUCAUAACAGGAGACAAGAAAAUUAAACUUAUCUCAGCCAUAACUUUAUUUUUUUCCGCCAUUCAUUAAUCUCAGAAUGGGUGGGCAGAGGGCAGAAGCAGAUCAGGCUACAGUUGACACAGAGAACAUUGAGAGGUAUUGUAAACAUUAUAGACAUGCCACCCCUAUAACUAAUACAAGCAAAUAUGCUGAAAAUCAAUAAAAAAAAAUCUUAUAAUAUAGUCAUCUCUAUAGCUGUGUUACCUCAAUAAACACGUAAAAAUGUUCUCCUACAAGUGACUAAUGCACUUAAGAACACUACAGGGAACUGAGCUGCAUUCGUAGGUUCUGUGUUUUCACUUUGAAGAAGUCGUACUAGAAACAUGAUAUAGCACACCAGUAUCAUCGAAGCUUACAUAAUAUCUAGAUGGCACACGGUCAGUUCAGGCUGUGUGGGUGUUUAGAUGAACUCGUUUACUGUCGGUGGUUUUUUGUCGUUUGUCUUAUAAGGAUGAUCAAUAUAUCUUUAAAGUGUAAUGGGUACAUUGGAUUGAAUAUAUACAUACUGUUAAAGGAUACUUGUAUAAAUAACAUUGUAUGAUAGGAACAGGAUAUAUUAUCAUGUCUAGUCUGUAGAUUUUUGUAACUCUUAUCCUUGCACAAACAUUAACAGAACAAUAAAUGAAUGAAACCUCACAGAAAUGCCUCGUCUUUAUUGCCUUGUGGUGCUCGUUAAAAGUUGAAAAUUCAGAUUCCAGGCGACCGAGGGUGAAAGUGUUCCUGCACCGUUUUUAUUGCAAAUGCAUGCAACACUGUUUCAGAGUAUCAUGGCACGGCAUUUUUAUCCCUCGGCUAGCUUUAACAUGUUUUCUUACAGUGUAUAAGUGUAUUGGAACAUGUGGAUGAAAAGAACAGUUCUCCAAGCACGCAUCACUACAGAUUGGUGUUGCAGUGCCACCUGCUGGUCAGUUUAGAUGUCACGCUCAUCCUGCUAAAAUCAGAUGACUGUGGCAAGUUCAAGGACAUAACAGCAUAAAAUGCCCCACGAGCGGCCAGAGCAAUCCAGAUAAGCAUAUCAGUGUCUCGAUCAGAGCUUCCACA